AUGGCGUCGUCUAGCGCCAUCCGCUUCGUCACAGGCACCAAAAAGUCUCCCCUCGGCUCCCUGCAUCUCCAGCUCCACGUCAAGCCCGGCGCCAGCAAGAACCGCGAGGGCGUCAUAGCCAUCACCGACGAUGCCAUCGAGCUCUGCGUUGCCGCCCAGGCCCGCGAGGGUGAAGCCAACAAGGCCGUCGUACAGGUUCUCAGCUCGGUCCUAGGGGUGCCAAAGUCGAGCCUACAGCUGACACACGGUCUCAAGUCACGCGACAAGACUGUUGUGUUGAAUGGCUUCAAGGGCGAUGGAGAAGAUUAUGCAAGGACUGUUCGCGAGUUACUCGAUAAGGCCUUGGAAGAAUGA